AGAUUCUACAAAUGUCAAGAUUAUUUUAGGUUAUGUGGGAUAGUUCUUGUCAACUUAUUUUUCUUCUGAAUUUAACAAAUCUUGAAUAUGGGGGGCAAAAAGGUGCCUGUUAAAAUGGAGGAUAAUGAUUUUACGAAUAUUAUAAUAGCAGUGGUGGUUAUUUUAUUAACAUUAGUGAUUUUUGCUCUUUAUAAGCGUAGAAAGAGCACCAAACGUGGAGUUCUGUUAACUGGAUUAUGUGAUAGUGGAAAAACUGUAUUAUUUUCUCAAUUAGUUCAUAAUAAAUAUGUUAAUACACACACAUCAAUUAAAGAAAAUAUUGGGAACUUUAUUAUUAAUAAUGAUGUACUGAAAAUAGUGGACAUUCCAGGCCAUGAGCGUCUAAGAAACAAAUUUUUUGAGAAUCAUAAAAAUUUUGCUAAAGGAAUUGUUUUUGUGGUGGAUUCUAUGACUUUGCAACAAGAUAUUAGAGAUGCUGCUGAAUUUUUGUACAAUAUUAUCACUGAUCCUGUGAUUUUAUCCAAUAAUGUUUCAUUAUUAAUUUUGUGCAAUAAACAGGAUCAAACUUUGGCAAAGGGUUGCAAUGUUAUUAAAUCUAUAUUUGAAAAAGAAUUGAAUACCUUGAGAUUUACAAAGGCACAUCAGCUUGAAUCAGUUGACCCAAAAUCAAAGAAAACUUCAGGAUUAGGAGAUAUGAAUAAAGAUUUUGAUUUUUCAAUUUUACCUGUUAAAGUAGAGUUUGCUCAAUCGUUUGGUUGUAAUAAACAAAAAACCUGCAAUAUUGAAGAAUUGAAUAAUUGGCUUCAAAAAAUUUGUUAAUUUUUUCCAACACUUUGUUGUUUGUUGUAAUGGGGUAGUUAAUUUUGUAACUUAUAACAUUUAGAAUGCAUUUACCAUAAAAUACUGUAUGCUUUCACAUGUACCAUGUUGUCCAGUCACUUAACAACGCACUCUGGCGGCAAAAAAACAUGUCGCAAUUUGAGGUAUACAAAAUUUGUAUUACGAAUAUAUACAUUUAAACCAUACAAAAUUAACUAUGCCAUAAAGAUAUUUGUGUUUUUAUUUAAUUUCCAUUUUUAUAAUCAAUAAAUGUUUUUAUAAAAAAAAGACUUCUAUUUCA